AUGCAGAUCAAGAUAUGGAAUGGAAAAGUCCUGGGAGUGGCGCCUCAGGAUAGAAUCAUUCCAUGGGCUGUCUUUCGCCCAGAUAGAGAUCCGACCGCUCAUCUCCCCGCACUCACCGGUCCCAGUCCUUUUGAGCCAACAUAUCAGGAGAAGACUUAUGCGGCGACGUUACUAGAAGCUUCGCCAGGUGCAUUUCGCUCUGUCACUGUUACUAGACCAAGUCUGGCACAAGUGUCAGCCUCAAGGCCCGCAUCGACAGCUAAGAAAUUCUCACUUCUUCAAGAUAUUCAGGACGGACAAUUCGUGGAUCUUAUCGGUGAGAUAAUCAAGAUUUAUGGUAACGACAGCGAGAAAGCAACUCUGUACCUUACCGACUACACGAAAAAUGAAAAUUUGUUCCUUUACGCAUCAGACGAUGAUGAUGAUUCUGGCCACGGCCGCGAAGGAGACCCUUACGGCUAUAUUCAGCGGCAAAAGAAGAACUGGAAUGGCCCAGUCGGUCGUAUGAGCAUCCAAAUAACAUUGUGGGAACCACAUGCAUCGUUUGUCCGGGGCAAUUUUAACAUAGGCGAUAUUGUACGCCUCAAAAAUGUCAAAAUCAAAUGGAGCCGUGUCGAGCAAGGUAGUCUGGAGGCUGUCGUUCAUGGAAAUCGUGCCAAUCCGGGCGAAACGAACGCGUUUCCAGUGGAUUCCAAUAAUGAUCCCCGAGUUCAGCAGUUGCUAGCUCGAAGAGAAGCCUAUUGGAAUGCGCGACCAAAAAAGCAGAAGAGGAAACCAAAUGAAGACAAUGAACGGCCUUCAAAGAAGCCCAACAAAAAACAAUCGAAAGUAGCACCCAAGAAGGAAUCGGGCCAGACAAUUCUCGAUAUCAAGAAACGGAUGGCCGUUAACGAGCACGUCGAGCCUCGCGUACCACCAAGCGGCGUGCACGCUCAGUCUCUCGAGGCUAUAUUAAACAACCCAGCCCACGAUAACACAUCCACAAGCGGUAUCAGGUACCGCCUCCCAUUUCAGAAUCUCUGCUAUCUCACUACAGUUCGCGUAGUCGACUUCUAUCCACCGCUAUUAGAGGACUUUGCCGUCCAUAAAGAACAGGUGUCUCUUGCGUACAACAGAAAGCGCGACCCUGCUUCUCGAACAUUUAGAAUAUGGGAAUGGCGCUUCUGUCUUCUUGUUGAAGGUUCUUUCCCAGCCACCGUAGGACAGUCGAACGAACGUGCUAAGCUUUUCGUCUCUAACUAUGAGGCUGAGCAUCUCCUACAAUUAAACGCAGUUGAGUGA